CUGCGCGGGUGACAGGCGCAGUUCCUCUUCUUGUUUGAUAUCGUUCAGCACUCAACACACGGACACUGUUGAUUAAUUUAACUGUACGCUGUGCAGCUUUUGUAACAUAUACGAAGACGUUGUGUAGAGUUAAAGCCUAUUUGCAGUCCAGAAGACUGCUCUAGGGUAACCUGUGUUGUUGGCCAGAGGAUCUCUCUCCCCACGAGGAAUCGUCUGCUGUUGUUGCUGGGUUGGUGACCAUGUCAGCCUCCGCUCUCAUCCACCUGGCCCGGUCGGGGGGGACUCAGGCCAUGCGACAAAGGGGUUUCCUCCAGACAGCCCUAGUGAGUGUCCUACCCCUGCAGGAUGACCUCCCCCUCCAACGGCCUCUCCACCUGGGCCUGCUGCGGGCCAGCAACACCCGCUUCGACCCGGACAGCAGCGGAAAGCCUACCACCUGGGACUCGUUUGGCAUCUGGGACAACCGCAUAGACGAGCCCAUCAACCUGUCGCCCUCCAUCAAGUACGGCAAGCCCAUCCCCAAGGUCAGCCUGUCCAAGGUGGGCUGCGCCUCGCUCAUCGGCCACCGGCGGGAGAACGAGGACCGCUUCCAGGUCUCCCAGAUGACAGACAAUAUCCUCUACUUUGCCGUGUUCGACGGCCACGGAGGGCCUGAGGCGGCAGACUUCUGCGACAAGUACAUGGAGAAGUACAUUAAGUAAGUCAUCUGGCUGGGUUUUA